UUGAAGUUGAACUUGAGGAGUAUCUACAGUUAGUGUCCUCCUGUCAUGAAUGAGGCUGCAAAUCUGGAUUCUGUCCAUCAUCUCCGUGGGGGUAAGGGCAGUUGUUGCUCUAUGAGUGUCUUCAUUAGAGACAACUCAUUUCAGAGAAAAUUCUCUUCACUCUGAGAUGUUGGCAUUUUUUGCACCAGUGUCGUCUAGUAAAAGCUCCCCAUAUAUGUCCACUAGUGCUGCACGGACCAAUAUCAUUGAGAAUGCUAAACCGUAUACUAAGACAGUCACUCUAGCUUCUGAAACCAAUAUUAGCCUCGCAGAGAGUAAUGCCACGGAACGGAUUUGUCACAUACAACGUUCGAACAACGAUACCGCUACAAGUUUUGCUAGAAAGGCGCAACAGUUCGGUUCAUAUUCCUCAUCCAAGACAGAUAUGCCCUUGUCUCUUGAUGUUAAAGGGAACAAUCAUAAUGGCAACAUCAACUACAAGGCUACUGCGUCUAAUGGUGUAACUCACGAACCCUCCGUAUUUUCGGUCCCUAAACGAUCGCUCUUCUCCAGUGUCCUGAAACGAUUUUCUAUCCAAAGGAGUAAAACGCCGGAAUCUGCUAGACGUGUUGAGACCGGCGCUGUAACCAUUGACCAAAAAAAGCACAUUUUUGACGAACAUUCCAAACCUCGCAGGUUUCGUCGGUGGUUGACCCAAAGAAUUCGGAAGCGUAAAUCUAAAGGUUAG